AUGCCAUCAUGCAAGAAACUAUUUGAUGAUCUAGUAGUGUGUCUCUCAGCUUCUGAUUGUGUGCUUGUGGAAAAAAAUCGAGUAAAAGAGUGUCUGGAUAAGAAACACGAUGAAAGUGUUCCCAAAGAAUGUCGAUUAUUACAGGAAUCGUAUUUUGCUUGUAAAAGGAGUGUGGUUGAUCCUAGAAGAAGGUUUAGAGGACCGUUAGGAGGAAGACCUGAAGAUUCGAAUUCAAAUGAUGACAAUCAGUAG